ACAAUUUUCACGAGGGAGAGAGUUUCUUCUUUGCUGCUACUGCAGAAGGUUUAUUUUCAAUUCAAGAAAAGAAAAAUAAAAAGAAAAGCUUUUCUGCAAUAGCCUUGAAGUUUUAUCAAAUCCAAAGUUUGAACUGUAGAAAAUAAGAAGAAGAAAGAAAUGGCUCGCUCUUUCUCGAACGCUAAGCUUUUCUCUACUUUUGUUGUUGAUGGAAUCUCUAACGUUAUCUCCAGACGAGGAUAUGCGGCGGUAUCACAAGGUAUUGUGUCCAGUGGAAUAAGAGAAGGAGCAGGACGGAGCGCUGCGGCGGUGGUGAAGGAAGAGAUGGAAGGAGGAGCUAAAGAAAAGGUUUCAUGGGUACCCGAUCCGGUUACCGGAUGCUAUAGACCCGAGAACUCUUCCAAAGAGAUCGAUGUGGCCGAGCUCAGAGCCAUGCUCUUGAAGAAGAACUAACUAAUAAAAGAAGAAGACAUAAAUAAAAUAUUUAGAA